UUUAAUACAGAUCACGUUUUCUUGCUUUCACUUUCUACGGUCUUUAGAGGAAGUCAUUGUCGUCUGCUUCAGAAUGGUGGUACCUGUGGAAACACCAGCUUCAAAUGAUAACGAACCACAUUUAUUACUAAGGAGUACGUUUCUGGAAAAUUUAAAUUCUAAAGGAAAUUACGAUGACUAUGAGCAGUGUGACAUUGAUAAAAUCAGAAAUGAUGAUGCUUACUGUAAAAGAUAUAUUAAUCAUAAAAAAGGAAACUUUGAUGCUGCUCUUGAAAUGGUUGAUGAAGCCUUGAAGUGGAGGAAAAGUUUUGGUGUCAAAGAUGUGACUGCAGCCUCUAUACCUCGUGAAUUCUUUGAAGCGAAAGCUGUUUUUCCUUACAAUAAAGAUAAGGAAAACAAUCCAAUAAUCAUGCUUCUUGUGAGGUUUCAUAAAAAGGCCCCAGAUUUUGCAAAAGAACUUCGGCGUUUUGUAAUUUAUUGGGUUGAAUUGAUGGAGGAACAAACAAAAGGAGGUAGAAUGUCUGUCAUCAUGAGCUGUGAAGGAGCUGGUUUAAGUAAUCUUGAUCUGGAUCUUAUAAAGUUCUUAAUCACUUUGUUCAGAUCUUACUAUCCUGACAGUUUAGCUCAUAUAUUGAUUUAUGAAUUUCCAUGGAUCUUGAACCCCGCGUGGAAGAUCAUAAAAGCCUGGUUACCUGAAGACUUUGUAGAAAAGAUUAAGUUUGUGAACAAAACCACCGUCCAAAAUUUCGUAACAGCUGAGAAUCUUCCUGUAGAUAUGGGUGGGACUGACACUACAGAGUGGGAGCCUCCAUCUGAAGCUGAUAUCAACAGUAAUACUAUUAAUGGAACAGAAAAAAGGGUGCGUUUUUCUUCACCUGCAGGUUCUAAAAGUGUUGAAAAUGGAAUCCCUAGGAGUUCUAUUCCUGGUCAAGUAGUUAUUACUGACGAUUAUACAAUUAUUGGAGGAAUCUUAAAAAUUAGCCCAGCAACUAAACUUAUCUUCGAUACACAAGUUUCGAGUGAUGUUGCAAUCAAAUUAUCCUGUGCUGCUGAUAAAACAGUUUCUUAUAAAGUGAAAACUAAUAACAUCGAAAGUUAUAGAGUGAAACCAUCUUUGGGAGUUAUUCAACCAGGCAACACUGUAGAUAUAAAUGUUGUACUACUUUCAGGUUUCAAUCCUCAACCUACUGAUAAAUUUUUGAUUAUGGCGAUGGAAGUUUCCGAUCCAACCCUUUCUGGUGCCAAUUUAAGUAAUGCAUGGAAAUCUGCCUCUCCUAACAUUAUCGCCGAUCACAAAUUGAAAUGUAUGUUAAAGGAUGAGGAACCUCUCAGUGAAGAAUCCGAAAUGGAAAAAACCUUGAAAAAUAUUAACUCUCUUCUAACGAAUCUUGAAAAUAAGGUAGCUACUUUGGAUAAGAAGCAGAAUUCUCUACAUCUUAAACAAAACAUUUUGCUUGUCCUAACAUUCUUCUUAAUGGGCAUCCUUUUGUUUCACGUUUUUCUUCACAAUGACUUCUUUUCUAAAACAUUUAAACUUUAAAGUUUUGAGAGCUUAAUAUUGUUGUUAAAAGAUCUGUUCAAGUUACGUGAUUUUUAUAAAUGAAAAUUAAUCUGUUUAUCAUUUCUUGAAUCAGCUAAAAAUCAUUUCAAUAAAUCAAAAAUCGUAAAAGUAAUAAGUUUAAAAAUAAUUUCAUUCUUCAGCUAUGUAAUUUUUGUACUUACAUUCCAGAAGCUACUGUAAGGCUAUAUAUGUAUAUAAUCUAAUCUUAAUUUACUGUUGUCUGUGACAUUUUAUUGUAUAGAUUAUUCAUUAUUUGUUAAACUUUUAAAACAGUAUAUAUUAAACUAUGCAGUAUUAAUUUGUUACAUAUGUUCUUUCGAUCUUGUUCUCAUAUUUUAUAAACUAUUUAUAUUACCAAUGUUAUAUAUUUGUGUAAUUCAAAACUUCUUUUAUACUUGAUAUGAAUUUUUAAAUGAGAAAGUAUUGCAUGUUUGUAAAAAGUGUUUGAUGUGUCUAUAAUUUUUAUAGCUAUGUUUUGUUGAUACAGCUCAUUUUAUAAUACUUGCGUAGAUCGCAGUUCUUUACAAAGAAUUUUCUGGCAUCUUAUGCAUAGCUUGUAAAAUAUUUAUUUUUUGGUCAUUUAAACAAUAUUUAAUAAAACUAUUUUUGUAAA